GUCGUCGUCGUCGUCUGAGCUGUGUUCGUUGUCGUUAUUCGACGUUUUCGCGGCUACUGUCAUCGCGACGGUGACUCCGUUUCGCGUUGCGUCGCGAUAUCGUGUGCGUCGCGUCCUCCGGAGUUCAACGACGACAGCCCGCGCGCGUUCUUCGACGCGACGACAAACUGCGUCGCGACGUCGCCUUCGACCGUGUGAUCGAGUUAACGAGUGAGAACAGAAAGAAUCCAGUUGUUACGCGUCACGAAGUUGAAGAAAUUUCGUUUUGGUUGGUGGACGUUCGUGUACGAGGGGCAGCUCGGCUGCUCCUCGCGCGAGGAGCAUCACGCGGGAUAAGGACCUGUCCGCGUCUCGACGGAAGCCGAGGUCGUCGCGAUGCUCGAUUGUCAUGGACACGGUCGUUCGAGUGAUUGUGCACAGUGAAGGUGUCAUCGGCGUACUCGGUACGACGUACUACUCCGUGAAACGGGCCAGUUUACUCGAGUGACAGUGACGCUCGCGAGGUACCGAUUCGCGUCACUACGCGGAACUACGUGAUCGUUCUCGUCAGCUGGUCCUAACCGAGCCGAUCGACAGAGAAACGACACACGAAAAACGACACUCAACACGAGCUCCUAGUAUGCGUUGACCGAAAACACUCCGAGCUCCUCGUAUCUCGUGGUGUCCACGUGGCGGGAAUCGAGGCGAGGAUAAGACGGACGAGAGGACCGUCUGCGGUGUAAGGGGAGCAUUUUUGCGAGGCGUACAACGAAAAGCCUGAGAAACGUGGUCGAUAACGGAUAGGCGGGUGCCCUUCGGAGCGUCGAUGGAUCACGGAGCGAUGGAUAGCGCUUCGGACCACAGCAGCCGCGCGAGUCCCGUAACCGGCAGCCCGAAACACCCUCACAGCCCGUCGGGCCAGCAAGGUCAGCAACAGCUCCACGGGUCCCAGCACCAGCCACCGCCGCCGUCGCACCAGCAGCCGCACCCGCGGGACCAGCUCCGCGAACAACAAUCGCAACAGCAACAGCACCGAGGCGUUCCCACGCCGGGAUCGCCGACCAGAGGGUCGCCACCUCAGGGACUUCCGUUGAGCCCGCCGCCCCUUUCCGCCGGAGGAGCACCCGGUGCACCACCGGGCAUGGUACCCAGAAUGCCCGGUCUACCGCCGCCGGGGCUGGGCCUGUUGGGCCAGCUCGGCGGCAUGCUCAGCGGUCAUCACGGCUCGCCGCUCGAGCUGAUGGCCGCCCAUCACGCCGUACUGCCGCCGAGAUCGUACAACAGCCCGCCGCCGAUCAGCACCAGCGAUCCGACCGCGAACGAGUGCAAGCUGGUCGACUACCGCGGGCAAAAGGUAGCCGCGUUCAUCAUCGCCGGGGACACGAUGCUCUGCCUGCCGCAGGCGUUCGAACUGUUCUUGAAGCACCUCGUCGGCGGCCUCCACACCGUAUACACGAAGCUGAAGAGACUCGACAUAGUGCCGUUGGUGUGCAACGUGGAACAAGUUAGGAUCCUGCGAGGCCUCGGAGCGAUCCAGCCGGGAGUCAAUCGAUGCAAGCUGCUCAGCUGCAAGGAUUUCGACAUCCUCUACAGGGACUGCACCACGGCCAGCUCCAGGCCAGGAAGACCACCGAAGAGAGCUUCCGUCGGUCUCAGUCUCGCGGCCAGUCAUCUGGCAGCAGCGGCCGGUCACCACCCCCAACCAUCCCUCAAGAAGCACAGAAUGGACAACGGCGACUACUACGAGAACGGCCAUUUGGAUGUGCCGAGAAUGGAGAAAUCGCCGUUGCUCGCCAACGGGUACAAUCACCCGCCCACGCACUUGAGUCACAUGCAGUUCAUGCAACUGGGUGGACAUCCGGGUGCAGGACACACGGCGAUCCUGUCGCCGGCUAGUCUGCCGCAUCACCUGCAGGCCCAGGCUCAGGCGCGGGCCGAGCAGGGCCUUAAAGUGAACCCGAACAUGUCCAACAUGGAGGCGCUCGCGAGGUCCGGGACGGUUUGGGAAAACUGCCGAGCUGCCUACGAAGACAUAGUGAAACAUCUCGAAAGGCUCCGCGAGGAGAGAGGAGACGCCGAGAGGGCACUAGCGCUGGACCAAAAACCCAGGGAUCUGAGCUCGCACAAUGGUUCCUCGAACGGUCACAGUCCCGUGUUGAACCUGUCGAAGACUGCUGGAAGCGGAAGCGUGGGCGAGCACUCCGGAAGCGAGGCGGAGGCGUCGCACCGUUCGCAGGACGACGAGGAGGAGGACGACAAUCUGUCCGAGGACCUGGACGACGAGAACGAGAAGGACGAAGAUCUUUCGGACGGGCCGGAGAACCUGCCGCUGCCGGCGCCGGGGUCGGAGAGUCCUCAGGCCCUGAACUACUCGCAGAUCGCCUCCGCAGCGGUGGCCGUUUCACAGGGAGGCCAGGACCCCUCGGUGUCGAGUACGGAGACCCUGCUGAGGAAUAUCCAGGGCCUGCUGAAGGUCGCGGCCGACAACGCGAGGCAGCAGGAGAGGCAGAUCAACUACGAGAAAGCCGAGCUGAAGAUGGACGUACUCCGGGAGAGGGAAGUCAAGGACAGUCUCGAGCGACAGCUCCAGGACGAGCAGAAAGUCCGAGUGAUGUACCAGAAACGGUUAAAGAAGGAACGGAGGGCAAGGAAGCGCCUACAGGAGCAGCUGGACCUGGAGAUCAAGAGGCGCACGCAGCUGGAGGAGGCGUUGAAGGCGACGGGAGCCUCUUCCGAGCAAGUCAGAGCGAUUACCGUAUCUUAUUCGAUUACAGAGAACGUAACGGUGGAGGCUCGCACGAGUUCCGAGCCGCCGGAAGCUAGUCCAGUGCACUCGCAGUCGCAGCAGCAACCCUCGCAGCAGCAAUCAUCUCAGCAACCCCUUCAGCAACAGCAGCAGGCCCAACAGUAUCGGGAGGCCCAGGUACCGCGUCCCUCCCAGCAACCCUCGACGCCCGAGAAACCGGCAUGGGGCUACGGUUUGGACCUGAUCGGCAGCCAAGCGUCCGCCUUCUGGCAGAACUAUCAAGAGUCGCUGGUACAGGAACUGGAGCUAGAGAGAAAAUCGCGGCAGCACCAGGCGGCCGAGAGGGACCAAGUCAAGUCUCCUCUUCAAGAAUCCCGAACGGGUUACUACAAGAAUUCCGUUCUGUUCACGAGCGCGACCUAGAAGAGGCUGGAAGAUGCCAGGCGGGGCGAGCGUCUAGCGAGCAGCCAAAACGAGUGACCGAGGGACCGCGAACGAACAAGGUGAACGCUGAACGUAGUUUCGUCGUAGUUUCGUGAUUCCGCGAGAAACGAUCGCACAGGUGAUAGAAUCGCGAACGGACGAUUAUAUACGCGAAAAGAAAAGUGCGCGAGCGAGUUUGCAACGCGAACGAUCAUCUCGAACUCGAAGAGUGCUCGAAAGGACCAGAAGUGAGAACGAGGAUACACAUAUCAACGGGCCGAAACGAAUCCGGUUCGUUUCUGGGACUCGAGUACGGAACAGUCGCGUCUCGAAACGCUUCCGACGUGCGAAACGGAGAGGCGAAACGAUAUUUAUACGCGAACCACACACGUAUACCACAACGUCCCCGAGGAUGCGCCGAUCGAUCGAGGGACGGUCGAGGAAAAAAUUCGAUCACGAUUAAUUAUCGAUGAUAGAGGGACGAUAAAUAUUUCUAAAGACUGCUUGAGAGUGCGUGCGCGUGUGCAUGCGUUCCUAGAGGUACCUAUCUCCUAAUUAUCGAGCGAAUUCAAUUAGCUAAUCGUGUUUAAGCUGCGCGGGCGAUCGGGCGCGCACCGCGCCGGUUUCGAGUAUUAUUUGAGUAUGAUUAUUAUUAAUAUUAUUUACCCGGCUGCGGGGCGCGCCGGGACGAUCGUGGAAACAGUGCGAACGAGUACGCGCCUCGGACGUCGCGAGCUCGUCGCUCGAGCACCGUUGACCAUCGUUUCCUCGUGAAACGCGGACUUUCACGAACGGAAGUUCGAGCGACCAGCCGCGACCUCGAUCGGAUUUGUAUCAUAUAGAAUGAGUGAGGAGCGCGUGAAUGCGUCGUUUAUUAAAAAAAACAAAGGCGAAUCGUGUGGAAGGAGAGGAGAGAGAAUCGUGCGAGAACGAGGCGAUGAGUUUACGUAGAACGGCAGCAGCGGCUUCGAUCGAGGAGAGAGAGGGGAGGAGAAAUGUAGAUCGGGGGAGAGGCGGCGGAUGAUUCUCCCGUGCGUUUUAUGAAUCGUAACACCUUAUUUAUAUAAAUAAACUUAGUUACUAUCGUCGACAAGUAAGGCUAAUGCAUAUUUGCGUGUGUCCCGCGUUACGCGUCGAUCGGCCGUGCAUGGAUCGGCGAAAUAUUCCCGGUGAACGACCAACAGGAUGCUGCGAGCGGAGACGGACAGACGGACGACGAGCGUCUUUCGAGCUCGAGCCGCGACGAAUAUUUCCCCGACGGGCCGAUCCCCGUAUUUAAGAUCCAUGUACAAAGUCUUUUGCCCGUAAGGUUCUUGUGUUGUAAAAAAAAAAGUUCACAUAAUCAUAGUGUCUAGAUCGUAUCGUACCGGCUGACCGGCCGUUAAGACGAUGCUACACGUAGUGAAACAAAAUGACAAAAAAAAAUACGAGAAUUUAACCACCGAUAGCUCAUCUGUAUUUGCCAUCGCCGCUACCAAUCGAACCGGGGUCAACCUCGACGAUCGAGAAUCGCCGGCGAGGAACUGUCGAUUCCACGGGAAUCGAGCCGAGAGUAUCGAGAAACACAUCGUCCCAAGCUCGGCGAAACGACUCGGAGCUUAGAACCAUUCGACGAAUCUCGCCGGCGGCUCUCGGCCGGUGAGUAAAAUUGCGAUAUUGAUGCGAAUAAAGAAAUUCCGCAGGGGUGGGUUGCGUACAGGGGAAAGAAAACGUUGGGUCGGGUGGGGAAGAACAGUAUCGCCACACACUACCGAGUAACGAUGACGACGAGCGAUUACGAUUUCGCGAUCGGACUUAUACAAUCUAGUAUCGAAGACAAAAAGUGUAUUCAUUGUAAUUCAGCAUUAUUACCUAUAAAUAAAUAGUUGUUAUUGUAAA